UGCCCUACUGGAGAGGUCCUUUUUGGAGGAGAAACUAUGCGCUUUUCAAAAAAGGUCGGAAGAAAUGCACCGGGUUUAUAAUAUAUAAAGAUCUCUUUAUAUAUUACCGGUUGGCUGCUUUUUAUGUAAAAAAUACAAAAUGGGAUUGAAUUUCCACUCAUAAGGAAGGAAGGUUAGAUAUCUUUGACAGGGUUGUAUUUUUGGUGGAAAUGGGAUGGUGUUCAAACUCCCGAAAUGCAGUCUAGACAGCGGGCCCUCCCCUUUCUGACUGGACUGACUCGGUGAAGGGUCAAUCUCCUCCGGAGCAUGCAUGCGUCACAGCCACCCAUUCGUCCUGAUCAAAUAGUAGAAUCUAUCUCUCAGCGAUUCUUUUCUCCGCUAAUCACCCCUUCCCAACCAGCCCGCCCGAUCGAUCUUGUAAGAUCGGCGGCUAAUUCAACGGGGUUAAUGUGGUCCGAAGUUGUCGGAACGAAUCGUUUGCUUUAUCGAACAAAGCUUUCUUAGGGGGUCUUGGUUGUCCCCCUAUUUUCAACCUGCUGGCGUCGACCAGCUUUGCGAUACGGACGGACACGAAGAAGAGCGCAGGCAGCGGAAAUGCAAAAGAGAAGAGCAAAGAUUCCCGACCCAGAGCAUGUUAUUGACUCCAAAAUCUGUUGAAUGAAGUUGCUUACUCUCAGCCACCAGUUAGAAGGAAAUCCCUUGACUUCGCUUAUGCCCUUAUGCAGUAAAGAAAGCAAGUGAGGCGGGCUAAGAUUCCAUUCGAAGUAACGUAACAGGAUUCGAUGUUGCACCAUCUGUCACUCUUAUCGGGAUCCGUAGUUUUUCGAGAAAAGGUCCCAUCCCUUCAAUAUCAUGAUUGGGUCGACCAGGCCAGAUCAUGAGUGAAAUAUCAUGAUUGGGUCGACCAGGCCAGAUCAUGAGUGAAUAGAAAAUCUCAAAUGUACAUAGCUGUUCCAGCUGAAAUACUUGGAAUGAUUCUACCACUUCUACUAGGAGUAGCCUUUUUAGUGCUAGCUGAACGUAAAGUCAUGGCUUUUGUGCAACGUCGAAAGGGUCCUGAUGUAGUGGGAUCGUUUGGAUUGUUACAACCUCUAGCAGAUGGUUUGAAAUUGAUUCUCAAAGAACCUAUUUCACCAAGUAGUGCUAAUUUCUCCCUUUUUAGAAUGGCUCCAGUGGCUACAUUUAUGUUAAGUCUGGUCGCUCGGGCCGUUGUACCUUUUGAUUAUGGUAUGGUAUUGUCAGAUCCGAACAUAGGGCUACUUUAUUUGUUUGCCAUAUCUUCGCUAGGUGUUUAUGGAAUUAUUAUAGCAGGUCGGUCUAGUAAUUAGGGGGCGGCCGUUCGGUCGCCUAUGAUACUAGGACCAAUAGGUCAAAAAUGGGUUUGUGCCGCAGGUGUUGAACGAUCUACUCUACACAGGUGUGGGCUUACGGGGCUAGGGCUCAUAAACCCUUUCUUUCAUUCAUCAAUAAGGCCAUGGUCGGUCACUUUUCUGGGCCGGGAUCGAGAAGUGGAAGUCAUAAAAAAGAGAUCUUUCUCUUCGCACCUCAGAUCAUCAAGAGGAAGGGUAGCUUGUCAAGCUGGCCUAUAAUAGAAUAUCAAAUAUCUUUCUCUUAUAUAUAUAAUAUAAGAAAGAUAUAUAAAUCAAAAGAUUCGCUGUCUUUUAUAAGUAGGGCCUGAUGCCCCCUGCGAAUCCGUAAAUCUGAGGAGCAUGCCGCAACAAAAGGAUGGUCCCCUAUGCAUUUCAUUCUUUCCGGAAGGACAAAAAAGAAGUACCCCCCAUCAUGGUGAACCUCUCCUUGUGAUCGGGAUGAGGUAGAUGCCUCCCAGCCGGGGGGCAGAUCGAAUCGGAGUUUCCUUAGGUAGCCACCGACCUACAGUUAUCCUUAAACUUCUGUGCUUGGUGGAGAAGAAGCGAACAAAGGUACGCCCGCUUGCUGUCUUGUUCUCUGUCGCGAACUGGGAUCGCUCGCCAGCUAGGUCAGAUUUACGCAACAUUUACUGAGAACAUAUUACCCAUAUUCGGGGACAAGGGGCGGAACGACCUCUCGAUCUACUUACUGCAGAAAGUCUAGGCGUUCCAUGUUGCUCCGAUCUCCCCUACGCUACGCCUAGGACGUUAUCUGGGCCAAGAGCCAUAGUGAGUUGCUGUUUACAUUUGGUUCGUUGUUGAUACCGGCAAGACCCAGCCAGAUGAUGUCUGCUGGUUGGUAGUGAGAGGACUCUUAGUACCUGCAUACCCAAAAGGGGGCGCUGGUUAAAAAACCAGAAUUCGCUUUUCUUUCUUGCUCUCCCCUAGCAGCGGGAAAGGAGUCUAUCUAUCUGCCUAGCUUUGGUAGAUUUCCCCCAACGCAAUCCACAGAAAUGACACGAAUCCCUUGGCGGAUAAGUCCGACGACUCAGCAGCAGUGCGGAAUUGAGUUUCUCGUCUGGUGGA